AUGGGAAUUACAGAUAAAGCAUCUGCUACAAUAGUAACUGCGACGAAUACGUUGACGAUGACGGCGCCACCGAGCUUUGAAAUGUUGUCUGCCGCGUUAGCUGACAACUUUCUUUACUACCUUAAUAAGCUUGAUAAGUUGCCUGGUGGAUCUAUUGUGUUGAGAUACAUCAAAUCUUCCUAUCAGGAUGAUCCAAUAAGGUCACUUUUUGAGUAUGCAUUAGUUAUUGUGGCAAUCACAUACUUUCUCUCAUCAAAGAGGAAGGAAAACAAGUCGGAGUUUGUCAAGUUUUCUAAAGCAGAAAUUGACGAGCUUUGUAAUGAGUGGGUACCUGAUCCGUUAGUGGAGCCUGUCACCCCAAAAGAGGUAUGGGACAUCGAGGCUAUUCCCGAAAUCAAGGGCGCUAAUGGUGCUCACAUAACAUUGGGAGAGGAGUCCAAUAUUUUGAAUCUUGCUUCCUUCGACUUUUUGAACUUGAACGAGAGUGAAGAAAUUAAAGAGGUGGCUAAGGCAACUAUUUCCGAUGUGGGAGUGGGAGCUUGUGGGCCUCCAAACUUCUAUGGUACCCAAGACGUCCACGUCAGAUUGGAAGAGGAUUUGGCAUCAUAUUUGGAUACGGAAAGCGCUAUCAUUUACGGUCAAGACUUUCCUACUGCUGGUUCUGUGAUUGCUGCAUUUUUGAAAAGAGGUGAUCUAUGUGUUGUCGAUAGUGGUGUCAAUUUGGCUAUUCAAAAGGCUCUUAUUGUUAGUCGUUGUGAUAUUGAAUGGUAUGACCAUAAUAGCAUGGAACACUUGGAGCAAAUAUUGAGCGAGUUGAAACCAAUUCUUGAUAAAACCAAACCGAUUAAGAGAAGAUUUAUUGUGACAGAAGCUUUGUUUGCUAACACUGGUGACUUAGCAAAUUUGCCGAGGAUAAUCGAAUUAAAGAAUAAAUAUAAGUACAGAUUAUUUUUGGAUGAGUCUCUCUCUAUUGGUGUUCUUGGAGACAAAGGCCGAGGACUUGUCGAGUAUUACAACGUACCGAGAAGUGAAAUUUCCAUUACCAUAGGAUCAAUGGCGCUUUCAUUCGCUUCUUCUGGUGGUUUUUGUGUUGGUGUCAAGCCGAUGGUUCAUCAUCAAAGGAUUCAAUCCUUAGCAUAUGUUUUCAGUGCAUCGUUGCCUCCUUACUCUGCCAAGGUUUCCUCAAAAGUGAUCAGUGAAAUUAGAAACUCGCUUGAUUCCGCAGGGAAGUCGAAGUUGAUUUCUGGCUUGCACGAAAAAGUAAGCUAUGCUUAUGCUCACUUGAAGGAAGCCAUACCUAGUGAGUAUUUUCUCCUUGCUUCCGUAACUGAAUCACCAAUCAUUCAUUUGAAAUUGAAUCCUGAAUACCGUGCCAAACUCAAACUUCCCAAGUUUUAUGGUACGACAACUUUCCUCACAACAGGAAAAUCAUCUAAAAAAAUUAAUCAGUUUGACAUGAACUACAACCUAGAAUCGUUCCUUUUGCAGAAGAUUAUUGACGAACUCUUGAUUACCUUUAAAAUUUUGAUAACAAGAUCAAAGCUCAUAUUAUCGCAGGAAAAUUUGCCUGUUGCGCCGCCACAUAUAUUGAUAAUGAUCAAUAGUGCCGUUCUGUUUGAAGAAUUGGACAAACUAGGACGCUCUUUGAGUUCUGCUAUGAAGGAUGUUUGCUCUAAUAUUAACAAUCGUGCCGAAUUUUUGAAUUUGGAGAACGAAUCGCUAAACUACAAGGCCUUGUUUCCUUAA